CGCACCGUCUGAACCAUUCACGUAUUAAGCAACCUGCACUCCGCUUCUAUAAGGAAACAUAUUCGAGAUGUGGUUCCCGUACAUCGCUACGAUUCUCGCCGUCGUGGCUUACGCCCAUGGAUACUCUUCGGGUGCCCCACCAAGUACUUGUCAAAACAUGACCCCAGGCCACCCUGCUUCUCCUCAAAAGAGUCAGUCUCCUUAUGUUAUUACAACUAGUACUAAGGAAGUCAAGGCGGGCCAUUCCAUGACGGUGACCAUUUCUGGCAAGACCGCGAAUGACACCAUCCGUGGGCUUAUGGUACAAGCACGAGUGGGAAACAAGAUCGUGGGAACUUUUGAUGUGGACCCCAAAGAUCCUCUCAUCACAACCAUGAAGUGCACGGCUGAUGGUGACACAGUAACCCACAAGAGUCACGACUAUUCGUAUGACAGACAAACUGUCACCCUCAAAUGGAAUGCGCCGGCCGACCUCAACGAUGUUAUCGUAUUCAGAGCUACAAUAGUUCUCAAUGGCGCUGUCUUCUGGGUUGGCAUCGAAUCCGCUCCGGUAAAAGUAAAGCAAUAAGUAGAUAAUAAUAGGAAUAUUUAUAAAAAUUAAAUAACAUAAUCUUGUUAUUUUUUAAGCUGUAGUAGGUAAUUAUAAAAUA